CCUCGAGCUCCCUCAUCUUCUCCUCCCGUGUCCAUCGCCUUCACGUCCUUCAUUCCAAGUCUCUUCAUCUCCUUCUUCUCCCUAGUUUGCGCCCUUUGACGUUUUGUUGCCACUUUCUGGCGACUGAUCACCUUCUCUGUUGGUCUACUUGGUAGGUGAGGCCUCCAAGGGCCAAUUUCGCAGCAUGGAGGGCUUUGACACUAUAGCUAUGCCGUACCUGGCAAGCCCACUGUCCUUGAGCAAUCUUCAAGGGACCGACUACCUUCAUUCGAUGUCUGGUAUGGACAUGCCUGACCAGCGCUCAACUUUUGAGGCGGAAACCUUCGUUAGCGGCGAUGACAUUGCGUUUGCUCAACAUGGUGUACCACCCACAGGCUUGAAACGGUUUCCGUCAGAUUACCAAGACCCAUUCACAGACAUAGUGCCAUCCUUUGACCCCGCCCCUCCAGAGCAAUCUUCAGACUCGUCUAUCGACCACAACAACAAACUCUUGAGCUUUUCUCUUCCGGCGUACAGUUUUACUCUGCUCGAUUACUCACUGCGGCGCACCUCGGUCUCGCUUGCAGCCCAGCUGCAUGGCAUGUUCUUUCUGGCGGAGUCGCCCUGGACUACUUCGCCAAUGGACAAUGCCCCGCCCCAGCAAGGUGCGGAGCUGACAUGCUAUCGGCGGAACCUCUUUCAGAUCACGGGGUCGGUAACACUGCCGCGAAGCUUGAGAUAUAUCAUGACGGAGCAAGGCGACCGAAUACCCAUCCUUGCCCAAGAGUUGACUGUUUCUGCCACCGAGUCCGUUGAGGGCAACUCAGUCAAGAUUAUCUCGGUGCCUUGGAAAACACCUGCGGCAAGUCAGAAUCAGUCGGCAGACGACAGCAAUGCCCCAGCAAAUGGCGUUAGUAUCACUCAGAGCACCACCAACCCUAAAGUCGAGAAAGAGCCGCCUCCGAUUCCAUUGGACAUUAUGGCUGGCCAGGACCUGGAUACCGACUAUGCUACCUUCCCAAUUGCGUGGAAGCGGCUACAAUUUCGAGUCGCAACCGCCAACAAUGGUCGCAGAAAAGAGCUCCAACAACACUUUGUCGUCCGAUUGAAGGUCAUCGCGACCCUAUCCACCGGCGCCAGGGUCCCAAUCUGCGAGAUACAGUCAGGACCUGUCAUUGUUCGAGGUCGUAGUCCGCGCAACUUUCAAUCCCGCAAAGACCUACCUCUGAGCGGCAGCGCUGCUGCUUCUCGAAAAAAUACCCAGUCUGCCCAAUCCGCUACUGUAAAUCGAACACCGACCAGUGAUUCGGCCCCGGCCUCCAACUUAACACCAGCCAAAGCUAAGGCGACGGUGAAAAGUAGCUCACCUGAGACCACGGUCUCCCAAGGCGGUAUGGUUCCGCCACCGGCUAACGCUGAUUGGACGCAGAUCUCGCCUGCUGUGGGGGAAACUGUUCACUCCACACCACUGCCUCACUCGACUGUAUAUGCCCAAUCGAGUCCAGAGUUUCCGCGGCCUACGGAUACACAAAGGCAACAUAAUAAUAUCUCAGCUCCUAUCAAUCUGUCUCUUUUUGACGAGGAAGAGGGUGGGGAAAGCAUCAAUGUUCACGACUCAGCUAGAUCAGCUUCGUCGUAUGGAAAUGAUGUUCCCCAACGGAAUUCCACAGCAGACGGCACUGCGCCCCCGGCAAAGAUGCGGAAACUGUCCCAUGGUCUGCCCCAAGCGCUAUCUCGAUCUGAAUGCUCAUCACUACCCUUCUUGAGUAGUACAAACAUGCAGCAACCGUUUGCCUCUACGCUUCCCUUUCCGAAUGAGAGUGCCGAUUUAUUGUACGAGUACUUCCCAUUGGGAUUGGAUGAUUGGCAGGCGCCCGUUGAUGCUGUAUAUCGACCGCAUGUAGUACAUCACACCAAUCUACCGGAGGUCAAAUUUGUGGCCGCACGAGGAAGAAGCAAACGAUACUUUGCUGCAGAAGACGUCUUCUGAAAGGACAUAGUCAAUGAUCGCGGAUUAUCUACCGUUUACGGGAUUUAAAUCGGAAAAAAAAUCUCUCCUUCCAAAGCAUACAGGUUUUGGUCGAGUUUUAUACGGAGGUGGUCGAGC